ACUUUCAUCUCGGUGACUGUAAAAAAAGACACAUAAAUAAAAUCAGUUUUGUCUCUUUAAGUGUUUUGUUUUCAUUUAAAGUCAAAUGUAAACAUUCUGUGACAUCAUCACCUUACAGGACAGCUGCUGUUUUUCAGUAAACACUUGCAGAUAGUUUGGUGCUCUGUAAUUUCAGUUCAACUUUUCAGAAAUCAGACAAAUAAUGGAUGGACAACAUGUUGAAAGUGACAUGUUUGAGGUAGCGAUCAAUUCUAUUGAAACGCUAUUGAAAACCAUCAAGAAAUCCACAUCUGAACACGCUGUUCAGGUAGGACAGGUGGAGAAACAGGAGAUUGGUGUGCACACCAGACCUCUAGUCACAACGCUGUGGACCUCUGCACGACGUCAAAAAUCGCUCAACAUGUGCUUACAGCGGAGUCGUGUCAACAGAGAGUCACAAUGUGUGGAGCAGGUAUACAGUUCGGUCCCAGAGCUUUACGUCGGUCGUAAGCCAACACGAGCCAGAGAUCAACCUCUGAUCCAAGACCUGAAAAUAUGUGCAAUGCCACUGGUUACCAAACUCCGAUCAACAAAAGACAAAAAGAAACGCUUUCAAGCUUUCAUGCGCGAGUUGAGACUAAGAAAGAUUAGGUGCAACCAAGACAAGGUUCCCCUUGAGCUCCAGCAGGAGACCUCAGCUCAUAAUCUUUCAGUGCCUUUGAGUCAAGACUCUUCACUGAAGCACAGUCACGCUGUGAGCAACAGUUCCUUCAGAUCUGUGUGCAAACGACAGGCCAUUCAAAUGGAUGAAGAGCUCCUGAAUGAGCAGUCAAAUCAGAAGAGAUCCAGACACUAAAAGUGUGGGAAAGAGUCUGUAAUAUCUGAUAGAUGUGUUACUGUUAUAUUUUCAUAUAUUCUCAUAAUGUUUAAAGUUUUUAUGGAUGUGCAUUUUAAAAAAGUAAUUUCUUUGCAUUG